AGUGUCUCAGCCCUGGCAUGCAUUCAAUUGUUUGAAAUAAUUGCGAUCAUUCGAAGAAGCAUUCUGAACACACGAUUGAUUAAGCUGAAAAAAUGGACAAGGAUAGCAAUCCGUCCGCCAUAAUUUCCCUCGAAUCGGACGAGGAGAUGGAAACCAAUGCUGAGUCGGAAGCGACUACAGAAUUACAGCUCGAAAAGGAACCACCACAUAAAGAAUCUCCCAGCACUGAAAAUGUGCCAAGCCCGUCGAAAGCUCCUGAUAAUGCUAGUGUUGUAGAAAAUGCGAAGGAUUCCGAAAUAAUAUGCAUUGAUGAUGAUGAGAAGGAGCCUAGCGUACAGGAGACUCCUGAAGAGAAAGCACCGGAAGAAGCUUUGCCAACUGCAGAACCCAAGUCACAACCUGAACCAGUGCCAGAAUCGCAAGCGGAAAAAGAUCCAGAACCGCAAGCGGAAAAAGAUCCAGAACCGCAAGCGGAAAAAGAACCAGAAUCGCAAGCAGAAAAAGAACCAGAAUCGCAAGCAGAAAGAGAACCAGAAUCGCAAACAGAAAAAGAACUUGGAUCAGACCCAACAAAAGAACCAGGAUCAGAACCAUCAAAAGAACAAACAGCUCCAGAAUCAGCAUCUAAUGACACUGUACCACCCCUGGAAACGGAAAAUGCGAUUAAUGAUGGAGAUGUAGAAAUGCAGGAAGUGGUCCAAAAGGAGGACGAAGUGAAAAUUUCAGAUAGUCAACCAGCUGACCCGCCAGCACCGCCAGUCUCAGAUGGAUCGCAGUCAGUUGCCAUGACGGAUGCAAAUAACAAGCAAGCUGAUGAUGAAACUGCUAACGAACAAGCAGACAAGCAGAACAAGCAGCAGGAACCCGUCGUAACCAAUGGCAACGCUGAUCAGCCGAAGAAGAGCAAAAAACCGUGCGCACCCAAAUGUUGCAAUACGGCGUGCAAAAAGAAAAACGUACAGUUUUGUGACGCUCCCGAGUUUGCUCUGAGCUUGUACAAAGUCCCUCACAGUAUUCAAGUGCAGCACUUGUGUUACGAUUGCUUUGAAGAGGCGGUUUCUCGCUAUGAGACACUGACCGGAUUGCUGGUAAAUCAUCAACCUUUGCUCUUGCACGACAACCAACCGGACGUGGCAGAGAUACUUAUGGUGUUGGAUAGCAGCGAUGAGGAAGACGAGGAUACAGUAAUAGAGCGAAAAAAUGAGCCGGCCCUGCCAGCCGAAGCGGUCUCGUUGGUCGAAUCCGAUCUGGACGAUGUCAUCUACAAGUUGUAUGGUUCGUUGUGCUUAGACCAAAUUAAAUGGUCAAACUCGAUCCUGCUGCAUGAGGCUGAACAAAAUCAAGCAACUUCGGACCGCAUCGAAGCACAAAUGAAAACGUUAAAAUCGGCAUUUCAAGACAUUCAAAACAAUAUCUACAGCGUUCGCACGACCAAGAUUGAUAAGCCGGAGCUCAUAAUCGAGGACGAUGCAACGAGUGAACAAAUUGCCCACGAACGCUUCCGGAGCAUGUUGAGCAAAACGGAAACGCUGCACCGGGAACCGGUUCAGGUGGGCUGCCAGUACUUUGGUGUAAGAACAACCGUGCUCGCCAGCUGGACUGAAUGUAAGGUGCUGGAGGUAAAAUCGGAUAUGUAUACGGUGCGUUUUCUAACCGGCGACCCAAAACCUACGGUCAUUACGGCAAAGCAUCUCGCCUAUACAACGCCUCCCAACGUGAAGCUGCUGCUUGGUACACGCGUAGUCGCCCGAACCAGUUCCGCCACCCAGGACGGAAUGAACCGUACGUUUUAUGCGGGCACAGUGCUGGAAUCGUUAAGCAGCUACAACAAGUACCGGUACCUCAUUGUGUUGGAUUCGGGCCACCCGCAGUACUCGCCGUUCACGGAUGUGCGCGUGGUGUGCGAUCAGUCCAAACACGUCUGGGACGAUGUGCAUCCCCACUCGCGUGAGUUCAUUAGAAACUACAUGCUGAAGAGCGGAUCGGUCCGCCCGAUGGUGCAAGCGCACCGGGGCCAGCGAAUGAUGGUCGAGAUCGACGAUAAAUGGUUCCAGGGCACUGUGCUCGAAACCGACAGCAGUCUGGUGCGCCUUUACUUCUCGGGCAUGGAGAGGAAGGAGUGGAUUUACCGUGGCUCGAGCCGGCUGGCACCGCUGUACCGCGGGGUGAACACGGGCCACGCACCGAACAACAAGUUCUCCAAGUUCCAAAAGCGCAACGAACCAUCGAUCGAGUACAUUACGCUGGAGGACGACGAUAGUGAACAGCCGCCGGAGAAGAAGGCGGCAACGAUUAAUUACCAACCAGCGCCCAAGAUGGAAAUACCGGACACGCCGAACCGAGCGACGGCCCGCAAGAGUACGGCAAACCGGACACUCAACAACCACAACAUUAACAACAACAAUAAUGUCCCCGUGUCGCUGAACCGGAACACCAUCUACAUCGAUUGCGACCAGGACCAGUCGAACGGUAGAACGCUGCUCUACACGACCAAAAACUAUCGUGGCCCGCGAAAGUUUGUACCGCACAACUGUGGCCCGAGCUGCCCGUACAAGGGUGGCAAAAACUUACGCUCGUACAAUCUGCUGGCCCGGCCGCUGAUCACUGGCUGGGAGCGGCACAAAACGGCUGCGCGGGGCCAGAAAAAGUCUGUCGUGCUGUACCGUGCGCCCUGCGGCCGGCGGCUGCGCAAUAUGGCCGAGCUGCACCAGUAUCUGCGGGUGACCGAUUCCCCCCUGAACGUGGAGCACUUUGACUUCGAUCCCGAUAUCCGAGCGCUGGCAACGUUCAAAGCGGAAAACGUCUUCUUCGAAUGCACCGACCUGUCGUUCGGGCUCGAGCCGAUGCCGGUGCACUGCGUAAACAACUACGACAACAAGCAGCCGCCGUCGUGCGAGUACUCGACCGAGCGCAUCCCCACCGAAGGCGUCAACCUGAACCUGGACAAAGAGUUCCUGUGCGGGUGCGACUGCGAAGAUGACUGCACGGACAAGAGCAAAUGCCAGUGCUGGCAGCUGACGCUGGCCGGCGCCAAGUACGGCUUGAAGGAGAACCAGGACAUCAACACGGUGGGCUACCACUACAAGCGGCUGAUGAGCCAUCUGUCGACCGGCAUAUACGAGUGCAACGUGCAGUGCAAGUGCAAGAAGGACAAAUGUCUCAACCGGGUGGUGCAGAACUCGCUCCAGACGAAGCUGCAGGUGUUCAACACGCACAACAAGGGCUGGGGCAUCCGCUGCCUGAACGAUGUGCCGAAGGGUAGCUUCAUCUGCAUCUACGCCGGCCAUCUGCUGACGGAGGAGACGAGCAAUCGCAUCUGCGCCAUGAGCGACGACAAGUCGGGCGACGAGUACUUUGCCGAUCUGGACUUCAUCGAAACGGUGGAAAAGAGCAAGGCGGACUACGAAGCGGAAGCGUACCAGUCGGACAGGGAGGACUCGACGCCGGCCGGCAAUGCGAACGAUUCGGACGCGUCGGACGAUGCGAUCGAGAAUGGGCCAUCCCCGUCGACGCACGACUCGGACGAGGAGUACACGACGAAAAGCAAACCGAGCGGAACGGUCGUCAAGACGCGGGCCCAGCUGCGAAAAGCCAGCACUACGGAGCGACCGAAUGCGGCCAUGUUUGGCAAAAAGUCAUCCAACGACGGCGUAAAUGAUGAGCAAGAGUGCGUCAAUCUGAUACCGAAUCCCGAGAUGGACAUGAUGGACGCGUCCGGCGGACCGAACGAUGAGUCGCUGUUCCGCAAGCUGUACGGCGAGAAUGAGCAUAUCUACGUGAUGGAUGCGAAAAAAUCGGGCAACCUUGGCCGGUACUUUAACCACUCCUGCAAUCCUAAUCUCUUCGUCCAGAACGUGUUUGUCGAUACGCACGAUCUGCGGUUCCCCUGGGUAGCGUUCUUUGCGGAGCGUAACAUUACAGCCGGUACGGAAUUAACGUGGAACUACAACUAUGACGUCGGUUCCGUCAACGGGAAGCAUCUAACCUGCAACUGUGGCGAAAAGGGCUGCAAGGGCCGAUUGCUCUAAUAAGUUAUUCGUUUCUAUACGAGAAUAAAGCUUUUUUCGAGUGUAGCCAGAGGGGCACGGCUGCCAAAGAGAACGAUAUAGAUAGAUAGAUAGAGAGAGAGAGAGCAAUGCCAUACCAUGCCACUCGAAAACGUAUAAUUUAACAGACAUGUUGACACUGCAAUUAUCUGCACUAUGUUCCUGUUUAUGCUCAACUAACACAUUCGGGCCCGCCUGCCCGCCCGCCCGUCUAUAGCUUAGCAAUUUCCACGAAGCGAUCCUUCUGAAACAGAUCCUUAUACGAUGCCAAAAACCGUAAUCCCAUCAGUUCGCCGUGCUUCGAGAGAAACUCCUCUAUUAUCGGUGGAUGUGUGCUGUCCACCUCCAGCCACAGAACGCCAUCUUUGGCGAGAUGUCGACCCGCUAUCCGCAGGAUGGCCUUUAUCACAGUCAAACCAUCGUUCCCGCCGUCCAGCGCGCGCAGAUCCUCGUAGAUCUUCACCUCCGGAUCGAGCGUGGGAAUGAGCACCGACGGCACGUACGGCGGGUUGCUAACGAUCAUGUCGAACUGCUGCCCGCCCAGCUCCGCCGGCAGAUCGUCCACCACUUUGUGCUUGAAUAUACGCAACCGUUCGUGCAGGCCCACCGUUUCGGCGUUCUCGCGCGUCAACUCACACGCAUACCGGCUCUGGUCGAUCGCGAUUGCAGAGGACUGUGUACAAAGGAAAGGAAAUGAAAGGCCUGGCUGGCAACAAAAUAACACUAUUCAUCUCACCUUGGGGGCAUGCUUCAAGAGUGAAAGACUUAUUGCGCCCGUACCGCAUCCGAUCUCCAGAAAGAGCGUUUCCCGCUGCGUGUCCAUCUGCUGCAGUAUCAGCUCGACGAGCUCCUCCGUUUCCGGGCGCGGUAUAAACACUGGCGGCACCAUCUUCAGCGUCAGAUCGCGAAAGUCCCACUCGCGCACGAUGUACUGGAUGGGCAUUCGGGCCAGCCGGCACUGGCAGAGCUGUUCGAUUUUUGCCAUCUGCGCUUCGUUCAGUGCCGAGUUUUGAUGGUUGCCCACCUCGCCCGGCCCGGACAGGUCGAGCACGUGUGCAAUGAUGUUGACGAUGGACGUUUCCGGCUCGGGGAUGCUUUCCGACUCGAACCGCUGCAUCCACCUUUCCUGGGUGACCCGUACCGUGGAGGUGGUAGUUGUGGUGGUGUUGGUGGCUGAAAACAGGCUCGUCGGUGCGGUAGAACCCGCACUGCUUCUGCUAGUGCAGCACAGUUGAAGUAGCGGCCGGUGGUGAUGGUCCGUUUGGCCAAUGCCGCGUGCAAGCAUCUUGACGCCCAUCCGUGCCGCAACCCGUGUGGAGCUCGACGACAGCAACAUCGUGGGCGCGUGGUGUGGGUGGGAUUUGUGCUGAAGCGAAAGCCGUAAAUUAAAAGGUCGUAAAACUCACAAUAACGGUAACGGGUCGCGUUUCAUCUUUGCGCAAUCGAUCGGUACGGCGAGCAGUUCGCAAUGUUUUGCAAUCAGCUGACAAGUGUGCUGCAGUGUUGCCAGUUGUAUAAGUUGUUCGUGUUUCAAAUGCAGUUGGUAGAUUUUGUGAUUUUGUUUCCUUCGAGGUGAUUUACAAUAAACAUUUUAUCUAUUUGUAUCGUAAAUUAAAAGCUGCAUAAAAAUAUCCAUCAAAAUAAUUCAAAAAUCAACUGAAAAACAUGCUGUCUGGCAGCACUGGCCAAUCCACUGAUCUGACAGCUACGCUUCAACACACCAAUACAGCCACGCCGAGAAAAAGCAAGAUUGUUUAUUUCUUUGUGCAGUGGACAAUAAAAACAAAUCCAUCGCAGCAGUCGCCCGUUCGCCACGCCAUGUCGUAUCUAUCGAAUUUUAACGCCGAAACGGGCAAAACCAUACUGGUGGACAUCCUCAAAACGGUCAACCAGCCGGACAACUCGAAAAAGCUGGCCGAAGCCAAGGCCAACUCGGGCAAGGAGAUGAUCAAGAUGAUGCAGAACGUCUUCCCGCUGGUGAUGCAGAUCCAGAUCGAGGUCAUCAAGGACUACGGUUUCCCGGGCAACCGGGAGGGGCUGGUGCAGUUCGAGCAGAUCAUCCGCGAGUUCGAGCGGGAGGAGGUGGACAUUGCGCGGCUGCGGGCCCAGAUACGCUCGAUCUAUCUACCUCCGAUCAACAUUAACAGCACCAACGACGUGCUGAUAUAGGACUGUGGCCGUCUCCAGCGAGACUCCCGGAAGACGGUGCAUUUAAGACUGAGGAUUAGGACGGUCGGACGGCCAGCGAAAACCCUAUACAACUGCCAGUGUGUAGUAUUAAUGCAGCGAAACCAUAUUUACGGUCUAAUUUACAGUGACGUGGCCAUGCGCCAGAAGUAUUGGAUAGUUCCAGCGUAAGGUUAAAUGGUCCUAACGUAAUGGUUUUCUAUACUUUUAUUACUCUAACCGUACUUCAUAGCUUCCUCCGUUUUUUUUUAAAUUAUUAUAAGUGAUAUCUUAUUUACAUCGUUCUUGCGUAUGUAUUGCGAACAAAUACGCAAAUGUAUUGCGUAAACCAAACAGCGCCGUAAACGCCGUUGUGUAUUUUAUGGUUCAAAAUAAAAGGAAAUAAAUCGAUUUUA